AUGCGGUUAAUCCUGCUGACCCGGCUACGGACUUGUGCUUUUAUCACCACCACCAAAGAUUCUGCUUUUCAUACAUUCUCUAAAAAAUCCGCAUGGAUUAUAGACUCGGGUGCUACGGAUCACAUGACAUUUGAUCCUAGCCAACUUAUUAGUCGCAAAUCAUCCACUCCGUCGGUGGUGUCUAAUGCUAAUGGUACCCCCUCCCUUGUGGUUGGGGAGGGCUCUCUAUCUCUUUCUACUUCCCUACAUCUAAAUUCUGACAUCUUCAUAGGAAAGAAGAUUGGUUGUGGUACUCGGCGGGGCAAACUCUACUACUUGGACUGGGCACCGGAUAGUGAGAUCAAGGUUAGUCAAGCUUUUACAACCAGUGGAACUCAUUCUGAGGGGGAGAGGGACAAAGUUUGGUUAUGGCAUAAACGUCUUGGGCAUGCCUCGUUCGGUUAUCUUAAGAAGUUAUUUCCAUCAUUAUUUUCCAGUCUUUCUGUUUCUAGCUUCCAGUGUGAUACGUGUGAAUUGGCUAAGAGCCAUCGUGUCCCGUUCCCAUUAAGUUCAAAUAAGAGUUUGGUUAUGUUUUCUCUUGUUCAUUUUGAUGUUUGGGGACCUGCUAAAAUUGCUACUCCAACAUGA